AUGUUAUAUCCAAUUAUAUUACUCUUCACAUUAUUAUUUGAAUUAUCAAUAACUAAAGAGAUUGAUGUUUAUAAAUUACCAUUUGUAAUCAGUAAAAGUGGUGCAAUGAUAAUUACAGAUCAUGAAGAAAAAAUGUCAUUAACUUCAGAUCUAUUACUUACUCAUAAAGAUAUAUUAUGUACUACAAAAAUUGAUUUAAAAAGGCCAACUGAAGCAGAAAUCAAAGCAAAAUCUGGUACACGUAAAGUAUUUCAGCACUGUAAAAAUGAAACUAAAAUAGAGAAACCAAGAAAAGGGGUUCCUAAGAAAUCUGUAAAGAAAUAA